CUCAGAAGACGUGAAAUUUGCCAUGAUUUUCAGCAGGAAGUUCCGACAAGUCCAACAUGUCCUCCCGCUAAUUAUGGCCAAUCUUCCCGGCAUGCAGCGGGCUGCACAGGCGCGCUCGGCCCACCAAACAUGGCCGCCUCCAGGGAGAGUGGAGCACAGCUACUGGCAAGGCUGGGUAGCAGACCAUCCCUGGUCCAGCUGGAGACAGCCCUCUUCAGGGCUGACAUGGGCCCAAAGUCAGGAGAUGCCAUUGAAUUGUACGGACCUGAGGGGACAGUAAAAACCGAGAUGCUACUCCACCUGACAGCCAGGUGUAUCCUGCCAGCAUCCCUGGGUGGGCUGGAGGCUGGCGUGGUGUUCAUUGACAAUGACUACCAUUUCGAUAUCCUCCGGCUUGUGACAAUACUUGAAGGCAGGUUAGACACUACAGACGAAGACAGAAUGAAGCAAUGCCUGGGCAGACUGUACAUUGUGAGGUGCAACAGCAGCGAACAGUUAGUGAUCACUCUGCACUCUCUGGAACACAUCAUUGCAUCAUCCUCAGAGGUAGCUCUGCUAAUAGUGGACAGCAUCUCAGCUUUCUAUUGGUUAGACAGGAGCACAGAUGACAGCAUGUCAGGGCAGGAACUAAACCAGAGACGAUGUGUGGACAUUCUGUCUAGAUAUCUCAGUGACUACGGGAUUGUCCUCAUUGCUACCAAGCAAGCUUUAUUUGGGCACAAAAGUAGGAAGAACCAAAAUGAAGAUACCACAUUGUCUCCAAAACUUGAGAAAACAAAAGUGGAAAAUGUAGAACACUAUGAGUACAUGUGCCAUGCUUGGCAGAACCUGAUUAAGUAUCGUUAUGUAUUUUCAAGAGCUACAAAGAAGGACAUAUCUAUAGAAGAAAAUGGUAAAGACAUCUCUUCUUUUAGUGCUACUAUGAUAAAGCCAGUAGAACACAAAUGUGAAUUUACUGUUGCCGAUAGAGGGAUCUCCUUUAUGGGUUCAUUGUAUAACCAAUGCUGAAAGCACAUUUGCAUUUUGAAGGACAGUGUAUUUUUGUAAACCUCACAAUUUUGUUGCCUUAACAGUCAUUGAAAUGAUGAUGACUGAGUGUAGAAACUAUUUGAAAUAGCUACAAUGCUGCUACAUUGAUCAACAUUCUGAUCAUUAUUAAAAAACAGUUUUCCAGUCACA